GGAAUUCAGUUUCUUAUUAGCCUGAGCAAUCGUCACACCUGGUGACUGCUUCCUUUGCAGGCUAAAUAUUUCACACCAAAAGCCACAACUUUGAGGACUCCCCAGGGCAAACCUAUAUCAUACCACGAAGCCAUGACUUUCCAAGCUCCGCUGAGACUGCUUCCGGAUAAUGUUUGAGGGCGAAAAGAAAGGAGCAAAAAGGCGAUUCAGGAGAAAAUCCCUCGUGCAUGGUUUUGACAUCUUUCAAGCGCAACUGGAAGAGAGCGCAAAAGCGGGGUUCUCCUGAAGCCCAGAUAAUAAUCCUCAGGGGUUGAUGCUCGGAGGUAUUGAUUUGGUCAAAUCAAUGACAGACUGCCUGUGAUGUUGGCGCCUGUUGGUGUGCGAGGCUGUGAUCACACCAGCCUAUCCUUAAUUGAGGCAUAGCCUGCCUUAGCUCUGCUAGCAUUGGCUGUUUUGUCUUUCAGCCGUCAUCAGCGGCUAACCCGAACAUUUCAUCAACUCCUCACACAUCAAGAAGACAAUGAGCAUUGGCUGGAGAUUUUUCUCCUGUUAGCAGAGUUGGACCUUUGUUUUCUCGGUUCGCUGUCUUUCAGCAACAUCGCCAAAGGCUUCCUCAUAAAUCUCUACUCACGCGACAUAGACUUGCUUCUCAGCCAGGACAUCAUUUCCGUGUUAUCAUUCCAUGGCCGAGCCACCGCCUUCGGAAGCCGAAAGGAUUUACUACCCCGAGUCGGAUGUGGAGGAUUUGGAAGGAUACAGGCCCGGCGGGUACCAUCCAACCUUCAUUGGAGACACCUUUUGUGGAGGUCGCUACAAGAUAGUUCACAAGCUUGGAUUUGGUGGUUAUUCAACAGUCUGGCUCGCCCAUGACCAGCAGCUCCAGUGCUAUGUAUCGCUGAAGAUACUUGUUGCAGGAGCUUCACAGGGCAGUAAUGAGAAUGAAACUCUCUGUCUAUUGACAAAAGGUGAACCGAAUUGUCUCGGAAGGCAAUUUAUCCCAACCUUGCUUGACCAGUUCUCUUUUGACGGUCCCAAUGGGUAUCAUCUGUGCUUGGUAGGAGAGUCUGCUGGCUGCAGCAUAGCCAAUUCAAAGGAGAACAGUACAAACUUUAUGUUUCCACGAGAUGCUGCCAGAUCCAUUGCUGCCCAGCUCAUCAUGGGCUUGAACUAUCUGCAUGCGAACGAUGUAUGCCAUGGAGAUCUCCAUCUGGACAACUUUCUUCUUCAUGUCCCGGGCUUUGACAAUUUAAGUACAACUGAACUGUACCAGCACCAUGGCAAGCCAUAUGAGGUUCCUACCCGGCGCCUUGAUGGAAAGCCUAGCACACCCCACGCACCACCGUGUGUCAUUUAUCCCAUGAUUUGGAACAUGCCUGCGAACGAGGUGAUGGAUCCUGAGAUUAUUAUCUCAGACUAUGGGACGUCUUUUAUUUCACACACCGGCCCUGUAUUCCCCGCCAGAAGAAUCCUUCAACGAAUUCACAUCACCACUGCAGCUGAUAUAUGGACGCUGGGUGUUGUCCUAUAUGAUGCCAUGAGCGAACGGCCGCUCUUUGAAACCUUUGCAUGGGACCCAGACGACAUCAUUGCUGAGAUGGUCAACACCUUGGGACAGCUGCCCGCACGAUGGUGGGGCUCCUGGACUAACCACUCUGAGUUCUUCAACCCAGAUGGUUCAUGGAUCACCAACUUCCAGCGCAUCGGCACACCUGUAUUCCGUCAUCUUCACCAACGGAUGUGGGAUAUGGGCCGGGGUGAGAUGCCAGAAGCCUGUGAAUGGGAUGUUGCUGGUGGCGAGCUCAAAGCUCUGGAGGAUAUGCUGAGGGCCAUGAUGGCAUUUGAACCAGCCGAAAGACCAACGGCGAAGCAGCUCAUGAUGUCUGAGUACAUGGUGAAGUGGGCCAUGCCAGCGUGGGAGAGGCAGAUGAAGCGAAAGAGAGCUUAUGCUGUGGAGCAGAGGUAG